AAAGUAAAUAUGGAUUUAGAAUAGUAGUUAUAUUUUACUAACCAAAUACCGAAAAAAGCGAACCGAACCGAAACCAACCCGAUAUUCGGAUUGAACACCUGUAAUCCAAAUGAAGCCAAACUAUUGUUUCAUUCUCCAAAAUAUAAUAAAAAUAAUAACUUAAUCCCGCGCAAGGCGCGGGUCUUAUUCUAGUUUUUAUAGUAUUAUCUAAAGCAACCUGUGUAAACUAAACCAUAAAACAUCCGCUACUCAGGAAGAUUCGUCGCAACUCAAAAUCUCCCUUUUACCCUUUUCUCCUUUCAUCCACGUAUUGUCCAAAACUACUAUAAAUAUUACCUACCCAUCGGAGAAUCAAAAAGAACAAAUGUACAAUUACAGAAGCAGAUCUCUUCUUGCUCUCUAAGUCUUAGACUCAUCCACAACUCUAAACAACCAUGUUUCACGGUGCUGACAGAGCGGUUGAGGCGCUGCUUCGUGGCCAAGAAAGCGCUAAUCUCUUGAAAACGGUGCUCGAACACCAGAGGACAAGCUCAGUUUCAAUCGAGCCUCUCUUCGAUACCGUUCUUGAUUCCUUCUCCUACGCUCUAUCUCUUUUUGCAUCUUCUAACCCUCAACCACUCUGUGAGUCUUCUCAGAACAAGCCAACCCCCGUGGUGGCUCGGAAAUCACCCAAGAAAAAUAGCCAUGGAGAAGAAGGUUUAGAGCAAUACAACCAUGAUUCACCAACUCCGAUCUGCAACGACGGUUUUUCUUGGAUGAAGUACGGCCAAAAGAAAAUCAAAACAUCUUCCCACCAACGGUGUUACUAUCGUUGUGCCUAUGCCAAAGAUAGAAACUGCAACGCUACAAAGAGGGUGCAACAGAUCCAAGACAGUCCUUCGGUGUACAGAACAACUUAUGUUGGAAAACACAUGUGUGAGGUUAAUGCUUUUUUGCAGCCUAAUGAAGAUAUUGUUAACGGUUCCAAGAUGAUUCGGUUCGACAAAACCGACCAGGGCAUGCCUGAACCUGUUAUGCCUCAACUCGUUCCAGUAGAACAAGAAGCACUUAUCAUCGAAGGCACGGACCAAAUCAUGAACCUAGAAUGUGGUAGUAACGAGUUUUUGGUGGAUGAUGACCAGUUAUGGGAAUAUCAGUUUCCUCCAUGUUCACCGGGAGAUUUUAUGUUCUUGGACGAUCUUUCUGAGUUUGAUUACAAUCCUUUCCACGUUUGAACAAGCACCUUUUUCAAGCCUUUUCUCAUAUUCACAUUGAGGGUGGGCUAUGUUGGUACUUGCUAUAUCUUGUAUUAGUUUAUAUUUCUGUCUUUUUGGUGUGCUAGAUUCAUAAUUCGUCACACCGCUUUUUGGUGUGACGUAUCUGUGCAGUUUGAUUCAAAUAUUAAGAACCUGAUUUUCCUU